UCCUCUUCGAGCAGGUGAAGGCGGUUCAGGGAACAAGUGCUGUGAGAGUGUUAGCGUUUAGCUGUAUCUCUGUGAAUUUAGGUACCAUUGCAGGUAAUACCCUCCUUUAUCCAGCACCACUUUUCCUGGUGUGUUUUAUCUCUUUGCAAGUACAAGACUGCUCGUUUAUAUACUCCGUUCGAUCAGCAGGUUUAAAUUGGUCAGUUUGUAAGACUGCAUUGAGACAAGUACAGCUUCCAUGGUAUUUUGUGUAGUGCCAACAAGAGGCAUGAUCACAUGGCCCAUGGUGUUUGUUAUCUUUGGACUCCACUGGGCCUUGGCGAUAAAGAUUUACACAAAUAGCUGGGCAGUACAAGUGCCCACUGGUCCUAAAGAGGUGGAGAGAAUUGCCAAGAAACUGGGAUUCAUCAGCCUGGGACAGGUACUGCAUGGUGGUGACUUAUAUCAUUUGCAGCACCGCAGUGUGCAGAAGAGAUCCCUUGGCCAGCACAGGGGUAAAAAUAUUCGACUAAAAAAGGAACCAAUGGUACAUUGGUUUGAACAGCAGACUAUAAAUCAAAGGUAUAAAAGACAAUUCAAAGCAGUGCCCACUGACCCUUGCUUUUGGAAGCAGUGGUACCUGAAUAAUGAUGUAAAACCAAACCUUGGUGUUCUGACAGCUUGGAGUCAAGGAUACACUGGAGCAGGAGUUGUGGUGACUGUAUUAGAUGAUGGAAUUGAGAAAGAUCACCCUGAUUUGUCAGCAAAUUAUGAUCCAAUGGCAAGCUAUGAUUUUAACAGUAAUGAUCCGGACCCACAGCCUCGUUAUAACCCAUCUGAUGAGAACCGCCAUGGAACUCGCUGUGCUGGAGAGGUGGCCGCAGCAGCUUAUAACAACAUCUGUGGUGCAGGAAUUGCAUUCAAUUCUAAGAUAGGAGGAAUAAGGAUGUUGGAUGGAUUGAUUACUGAUGUUAUUGAAGCUCAGUCUUUGAGCCUGAAUCCACAACAUAUUCACAUUUAUAGUGCUAGCUGGGGGCCAGAGGAUGAUGGAAAAAGAGUGGAUGGUCCUGGCCCACUAGCAGAGGAAGCUUUUUUCUGGGGAGCUGUUAAUGGACGUGGUGGCCUUGGCUCAAUAUUCGUUUGGGCCUCAGGAAAUGGAGGCUUGCAGUAUGAUAACUGCAAUUGUGAUGGCUACACCAACAGUAUCUACACUCUUUCAGUGGGCAGCACCACAGAGCAUGGGAACGUGCCAUGGUAUAGUGAGGCCUGUGCAUCUACGCUUACAACCACCUUCAGCAGUGGCAUCAGUACAGAAAGGAAAAUACUGACUACAGAUAUACGUUUGCGAUGCACAGACCAACACUCUGGCACCUCUGCGUCUGCUCCACUUGCUGCAGGAAUAAUUGCUCUUGCUUUGGAAGCAAACCCAGCUCUUACAUGGCGAGACUUACAACAUAUUGUGGUUAGAGCAUCUAACCCCAGCAACCUUAGUGCUGAGGACUGGGCAGUGAAUGGUGUAGGACGGAAAGUAAGUCAUUAUUAUGGCUAUGGGCUUUUGGAUGCUGGGCGAAUAGUGGAUUUGGCUCAGAAAUGGCAGACUGCAGGUGUUCAGAGGAUAUGUGUAGUCAAAGUUCUAACCACACCCCAGGUUCUGACAUCUAACCAUAUUGUAAGACAACAUGUUGAUGGCUGCACUGGGACUUCCAGCUAUAUUCAAUCACUUGAGCAUGUACAAGCCAAGAUCUCCCUUUCCUAUAGUCGAAGGGGUGACCUGGAGAUUUCACUUAUCAGUCCUAUGGGUACUCGUUCUGUGCUGGUGGCUUUGAGGCCAUAUGACACUAGCACCAAGGGGUACAAAAACUGGACCUUUAUGAGCACACAUACUUGGGAUGAGAAACCCCAGGGUACCUGGACUCUAAAGCUUGUAAACAAAGGAGACUUUACCAACACUGAUGUUUCACAAGUCAAGAUCCCCACCAGCACAGAGGCUAAGACGAGGCUAAGAGAGUUGGAGCAUCUCAGAGGGUCCCUUAAAAUUUUGGGGGUAUUCAGAUUGGUCCUUUGUUGAAAUCGGGAGAAGAAGAAGCAAUAACACCAAAACUACCAGUGAAGGUGGGAAGCAUGAUAGGCGAAAGAACUUAGUCCUCCCAUAUGUAGCUGGGGUGUCCAAAAAAUGUAGGAGUUUAAAAACACACCACAACCCUAUCUGCUUUAAACCCAGCAACUCAUGGAGACAGCAAAUGGUUCACCCAAAAGACCCAAUCCCAAAGCAUAAGAAGAGUAACCGUGUAUGUGGUGCAGUGAGUAGUGCUCUGAUUUGUAUGUGGGAGAAACCAAACAACAGUUAUACCACCAUAUGGCACAGCACAGAAGAGCUAGCUCCAGUGGUCAGGACUCAGCUGUGUACCUACAUCUAAAGGAAAAGGGGCACACAUUUAAAGACCUGGUUUAAAAGAGGUGUUAACAAAUCCAUAUAUGAUACAAUGGAAAAACCAAGCUUAAAAAGGGGAGGGGGGUGUGCGAAUUCUGCCACAUACAAUACUGUUUUGGCACCUCUCUCUGGACAGUUUAAUAACCCCUCACAGCUCCAAUCAUGCUAAUACAAUCAACACCUUACCUUCAUAAGAUCCCUGACCCUAUGCUGGUUAUAAUAAACAGAUUUUUCUGAUUGGAGCAACAUUCCAGGGUAUUUAUUUCAGAAAGCUCCUUGUACAAGUCAUUCUGAAUUGAGAAAGCAGUCAGAUGGCUAGAAAAAUGUCUUUCAGUAAAACACAGCAAGUCCACUUGAUUUAAGUUAUUACUACAGAAUAGGAACUUCACAGACAUAUUGACUGCUAGUGUUGUGUUUUUACUGAGAACAUGCACAGGUAACAUUAUAGUUGAUGUUUCUUAAAGUAGAUUAAAACUGUUCCUGAAUAAUUAUCAGACAAUUAUAUUGCCACUGGGAAAUGUUCUGAAUAUACUCAGUCAAGCAGAUCAGUGCUUUUAGUUUUUAAAAAAUACACUCCUUACACUGCUUACUUUUCCUUCAUAAUAGCCUUCUGACAUAUGAGGUGUUCCCUCUACUCCCAUGGGCAGCACUGGGUGGGAAAGUAAUAGAAGUUCACAUAUUGGUUUUAAAGUUACAUG